UAAGGAUAUGCAGCAGUGGGAGUUGAUGUGUUUGUAAAAGCAGAGCAUCAGUCUGCGAUCUGACACGUGUUCUGUCAGAUUCUGUUGAUAGAUGGUUCGUUCCAGCAUGCUGUAUUCACCCAAAUCCACUUCAAGUCUGCAGAACCGAGUCUUUGUGUUGCAGCUUGUGCUGCUGCCGCUGUCCAGCUGUUGUCCCACACAAUAAGCUUUCAUCCAAACGUCUCUCUCCAGUGCAGCUCUCCCCAACCGGAGGCUGACCCCGGAUGAAUCUGCUGAUAUGGGAACUUUCCGAUUGAGAUGAUUAUCUGGACUUUGUAGUCUGUGGAGAUUGCUUGAAUUUCCUGACUCAGUUUGGAGUUUACAUUCUUUGUGUGCUGUUGCCGAGGAAAAAAAAUGACUGGAAUCAAUUCAGUCGCGCCGAUGAUUUUGUGGGUCGUCAUUCUGACGGUGUUCCGAGCCGCAUCGCCUCAACCUGCUCCCCCUCGAGGACCCAGGCCCGUACCUGGACGAGGUGACAGUCCGGAACCAACGCUGGCUCCGCUGCCGCCAGAGCCCACACCAAGACCAGAAGGUUGUGAGACAACGAUCAUCGACUGUCCCAUCAAGCUGUUUUUCACCAUUGACACGUCAGAGACCAUCGCCCUGCAGGAAUCACCGCCAGGCAGUCUGGUGGAGAGCAUCAAGGAGUUCAUGAAGAUAUUCGCCCAGAAACUCGAAGACGAGGAGUACAGAGGCCAGAUCCAGAUCACUUGGUCCUUUGGGGGAUUGCACUUCUCUCAGAAGCAGGUGUUGUUCAGUCAGUUCACGACCAGACAGAGCUUCAUCAGGAAUCUCAGUCAGAUAAAAUACCUGGGCAAAGGCACCUACAUCGACUGCGCUCUCACAAAUAUGACCCGCCAGAUGACGUACUCAGGGAAACAGGCUGUCCUGUUCUCAGUGGUCAUCACAGACGGUCAUGUGACGGGGAGUCCAUGCGGGGGCAUCAAGGUGGCAGGCGACAGGGCUCGGGAUCAAGGGAUCCACAUGUUUUCAGUAGCAGCCUCCACAAGCAUCGAUGAACUAGGGAUGAUGGAGAUAGCCAGCUCACCCACAGAGGUGUACCGAGACGAUUACAUAGUCAUGGAGAUCGUUAAUGGAAGACCGAGGAUGAACACUGAAACUAUUGAUCGCAUCAUCAAAGUCAUGAAAUAUCAAGCAUAUCUACAGUGUUAUAAACCUACAUGCCUUGCAGUCCCUGGGAACCCGGGACGAAAAGGGGCCUCGGGUCCAAAAGGCAUUAAAGGUGACAGAGGCAUCAAAGGACCAAAAGGUCAUAAAGGUAACCAGGGUGAUCCUGGGAUUGAAGGUUCAAUUGGACUACCUGGUCAAAAGGGAAAAACUGGUUUUAAAGGUGAAAAGGGUGAAAUUGGAUUAAUUGGAGCAAAGGGUGCGGUGGGUUCACGGGGAAGGAACGGAACAGAUGGACAAAAGGGUAAAAUUGGUCGAAUUGGAGCUCCUGGCUGCAAAGGUGAUCCAGGGGAAAAGGGACCAGAUGGACUCCCAGGAGACCCUGGUGACUCUGGAUUAUCUGGAAAAAAGGGAGAAAAGGGUGAUAUAGGUCUGCCUGGGAAGAAUGGCCCCCCAGGUCCUGUGGGAAAUCCAGGACUAACCGGUGAAAAGGGACAUCCUGGCAAUCCAGGACCACCUGGAGAAAGAGGGUUUCCCGGGAUCAGUGGCAAACCAGGACUUAAGGGCGAACUGGGCAGGAGAGGAGAUCCUGGAAGGAAGGGGGCACCAGGACAAGAUGGGGCCCCAGGACCAAAGGGAGAUCGAGGAGCGUCGGGGGACAGAGGUCGACCUGGGGAGGCUGGAGUUAAGGGUGCGAAGGGAGACCAAGGACUACCAGGACCAAGGGGUUGGCCAGGAGAACCAGGCAGCGUUGGAGGAAAUGGCAUAGUGGGGCCUCCUGGAGACGCCGGACUGAGAGGAAACCCUGGACCACCUGGACCGCAGGGAGACAAUGGAAGACCAGGAUUCAGCUACCCUGGACCAAGAGGACCAACAGGAGAGAGAGGAGAUCCGGGCAAGAGAGGACCCAGAGGGGGCAGAGGUGAAUGCGGUGCAAAAGGGGAGCCGGGAGCCAAAGGAUCACCAGGAGAGCCUGGUGAACCAGGCCAGCCAGGAGAGCCAGGAGAGAGAGGACCGCUGGGAGACCCUGGAAAAGAUGGGGCACCAGGGCCAGCUGGGGAUCCUGGGCUCACUGACUGUGAUGUUAUGACGUACAUCAGGGAGACUUGUGGUUGUUGUGACUGUGAGAAACACUGCGGCGCUCUGGACAUUGUCUUUGUAAUUGACAGCUCUGAGAGCGUCGGGAUGACCAACUUCACCCUGGAAAAGAACUUUGUUAUCAACACCAUCAACAGGAUGGGAUCAAUGGCCUCUGACCCCACAUCUCCAACCGGUACGAGAGUUGGAGUGGUACAGUUCAGUCACGAAGGAACAUUUGAGGCCAUACGACUCGAUGACCCUUCUAUAGACUCCAUGUCUUCAUUCAAGACAGCAGUGAAGAAUCUGCAGUGGAUUGCUGGGGGCACAUUUACACCCUCUGCACUCAAGUUUGCCUAUGACAACCUAAUAAGGGACAGCAAGAGAGCCCGUGCCAAUGUAUCUGUAGUGGUAGUGACAGACGGCCGCUUCGACCCUCGUGAUGAUGACAGUAAACUCAGGUACCUCUGCAAUGACCCCAACGUGGUGGUGAAUGCCAUUGGGGUUGGUGACAUGUUUGACAAGGAACAUGACAGUGAGACCCUCGUAUCAAUAGCCUGCGACAACAAGAACCGGAUCACUGAGAUGAAGCGAUACUCAGACUUGGUGGCUGACAACUUCAUUCAGAAGAUGGAAACGGUUCUCUGCCCUGAUCCAGUGAUUAAGUGUCCAGAUCUUCCCUGUAAAACUGAACUUGAUGUAGCUCCAUGUGUUGGACGACCCGUAGAGCUGGUGUUUCUUCUCGACGGUUCGGAGCGCCUCGGGAUGGAAAACUUUGGCCAUGCGCGUCAUUUUGUUCAAAUGGUCGCAAAUGCAUUGACAAUGGCCAGGAACCGAAAUGACCAAAACGGGGCUCGUCUGGCACUGACAGAGUUUGGCAAUGAGAAUGAAAACCAAGUGGCCUUUCUUCUUACACACGACCAGAAGGCUAUCACUUCUGGUCUAUCAGGUUUGCAUUAUCUUGAUGCUUCGUCAGCAGUGGGACCUGCCAUCUUCAAAGCCAUCGAUGAGAUUUUGGGUAAAGGACCCACUCGCAAGACAAGACGUGGUGCCGAGGUUUCAUUUGUUUUCAUCACAGAUGGUGUUACUAAUAUCACCAACCUGGACAAGGCAGCUUCUGCAAUGGCCUCGGAACACAUCUUUUCCACUGUGAUUGCCACAGGAAGUGAUGUGGAUGAAGAAGCCCUAACAAAGUUGGUUAUGGGUGACCAGACUGCCAUCUUUAAGAGUCAGACAUUUUCUGAUGUGUUACAGCCUAGUUUCUUUGACCGUUUCAUCAGGUGGGUGUGUUAGAGACCGUCCUCAUUGUGAGUGUCGUACUGGUGCUACUGCUCUGUACUUGACCAUUUUAACAGUUGAUCCAAGUUGAAUUCACCCUUCCAUUGUUCUCAAAAAUGCUGAUUAAGGUUAGCUUUGUUCUAAUUUCACCUCAGUCAGAAAUUAACAGGAACAAUAAUGUGCAAAACCUGAAAUAUUUGGUUAGGAGAUUUCUAAAGAACUCAGUUCUUACCAGCACUGAUUUUCUUUGUGUUCAAAUAUGAAACAAAAGAAAUGAGCCAAUGGUGAGAGAUAACUGGCAAAGACUUUAGGUACCUCUAUAUUGUCUGCCCAGAUUGUUUUGGGUGAACGUUUUUUCCUGACCUUUUUUCCUUGUACCAAAAUAUUAAAUUAGGAUAGCGUCAAUUUAUCUGUAAAAUGGUCUAUUUAGUUUUCCAAUUGCAAGAAAUUCAACCUUGAAACAAAACCAAGCAUAAAUAAAUAAAGGUAAAUGAUUUCCAUCAAGUUAAUUUGAUAGCCAGUAUAGCAAUUUAUUUUUUUCCAAAUGCUUGCAAAUUCAUCUCCAGACACGAAUACUAAUUGUAUGGUGAAAUGAGCUAAUAUCAUAGUUGACUGCCAUCUUUAAGAGUCAGAAAUUUUCUGAUCUGUUAAAGUGGAAAACCAAGAGCACUUUGGUGUUCCACUUUAAUCCGACUUUCUUAUUUACUUCACCAACUCAAAAUCCAAUAUGGCUGCCUCGUGCUUCGAAUGUAACAAUAAAUGUUAAGCCUUGUUUUUUGGCGAUACCUUCUCAGUCACACUUAGUGUCCUUAAUAUGUUUCUAAAUAGUUUGAACGUAUAAAACACUGAAAUAUGUGCCACUUUAAUUCAAUUUACCCUUAAUGGCACAAUUAGCAAAUGCCACUGUUGUUUUCAUCAAGCAACUGAAACUAAGUGAUUCUGUUAAAAGGUUAUAACCAGUUACUCAAAAGGCUGAAGCUAAAGGCUAAUCCGAGAGGCCUUAGACCAAGAAGACAACUAAUGUUAAUGCUUCAUGACCCUGUAAAUUGUUGUCAUGCAUGUAUAGAAGAGUUAUUUAUAGAGAAGCUGAAUAUUAUUUUCACAUGAAGCGAAGGUUGGAGGCGGUACACCACCUCCUGUACGUUUGGGUUUUUCUGGAUGGAUUUCAUCUACAUGUUUCCUUCAACAGCUAAAUAUCUAAUGUCAGGUUAUUUGGUCACUUCAAAUUUUCCUGUUUUUAGUGCUUGUGCAGUCUGUUUCCCUGUGGUGAUGUGUUGUGACCUGUCCAAGGGUCACCUGACAUCUUACCCACUGAGCGCCAUAGAUGGUGAAAAUCAGUUUUGAUUUAGUUCUUUCUCUGUCUAGCCAUUAAAUUCACCCUCUAAGACCAAUUAAUGUGGAUUUACACCAAUUGAAAACAAUAUAAAAUAUCCAAUGCAAGCAAGAUUUUAACUGUUUUUAACCUUUUUAACAGAACUACACCUGGAAAUUCAUGAACUCCUUUGAAAGUUGGCUGUGAUGUCAUAUUAAGAUUAGGGCUUUAAUGACUUACAUAAGUCAAAUUCAGUGACACAGACUUGAAUCUUCAUUGUCUGCAAUAAAUCCAGGGCAAUA